CCCCUACGCUACGCUACUGGAAGCUCUGGUCCCAUUUGGGAUGCUAGCUUCAACCAUGUACGAGUGUGAAGGUUCUGAAAUGGAAGUUGUAACUUCUGUGGUCAAAUCUGUCGCAUGAUGUCAUAUUGUGCCUGGACUCUCUAUGCUUAACCGUAUGGUCGCAUGUAUUCAGGAAGGAGAAAGUCAUACACGGUUGUUCCUUUAAAUUGUACCGUUGUUUCACAGGAAAUUGUCCCUCUGCUGUGAUAUUGUAAUCACUUAUUAUAAUCGUCAUUACAUUUAAGCUAGUAAAGUUUCUUUCGAUUCCAACACCUUGAUGAAUAACUUCUUGUAAUGAGGAUACAUUAAACCAUUAAAACGUUUUUGGUUCAUUGAAGUAAAAUUGUCAAUUAUGGAAUCGACAACUUUAAUAAUUAAGCACUUACCUUCUGAAUUUACUACUGAAGAGAAAGAAGAAUUGCUUCAGCAUUUUGGAGCCACUAAAGUACGUUGUAUGUCAAAUACUGGGAGAAUGAAACACACAGCAUUUGCUAAUUUUCCAAAUAGAGAGAAUGCAGAGAUAGCUCUAAAAAGGUUACAUCAGUUAGAGAUUUUAGGUUGUCGUCUAGUUGUAGAAUUUGCUAAAGUUCAACAUCAAAAUGAUUUUCCUCAUGAAAGUGACUUUAAAAGAUUUUCAGAUAAGCAAAAGGAUGUAGAAACAAAUGGAAUUUCUGAAAAGGAAAAUAUGAGAUUAAGGAUGGAAGAGUUUUCUAGGAGAAUUCAUGCAGUUGCUCCUCAUUUACGAUUAGAUUAUUUGCCAUCACCAUUACUUAAGUACUCAUAUCCAAGUCCUUCACCAUCUAUUAUUAGUAAUAUAGCAAAUGCACUGGCUUCUGUUCCAAAAUUUUAUACUCAAGUCUUGCAUUUAAUGAAUAAAAUGAAUUUACCUCCUCCAUUUGGGCCAGUUACGCAAGCUCCUCCACUACAGCCUGAUAUACACGUACAAGAGAAUUUAGAACAAGAUAUUGUAGAAGAAGAAGAAAUGGACAUGACAAGUUCUGAAGAAUCUGAAUUAGAAAGUGAUGAUGAACUUAAAAAACAACAGCCAACAACUGUAAAAAGGCAAUUAAAGAAGCAGAAAAGAAAAGUUAAAAAACCUAAACUAAAGGAUUUACUUGGAACCACAGUCACAUCAUUUCCAAAGACAACUACAGGACCAGUUUUAACUCAUACAGAUGUUUUCGAUGUUCCAUCAGAAAAUCAAACUUUAAAAAAGAUACAGAUCAACUUAAAACCUACAAAUGAAGCAGAAAAUAUAGAUGAAAAUGAUGAUGUAGCAAAAGAUAAGGAACCAAUACGUGUUGAAGAAGGAGGAUUUGGUACUAUUGCUCCACAUAAAACAGAUGAAGAUGCAGAAACAAAUCAAGAUGAAGAUAUGGAAGAUAUAUGGAAAGAAUCUAAAUUUAUUACAUUCCAAGAACUUAAACGAAAAAAAUGUUCAGAAAGUGAAAUGAAACAUCUUCCCGUAUUUAAAAAUUAUAAAUCUGGACAACCCACCUAUAGACUGUAUAUAAAAAAUCUUGCAAAACAAGUUUCUGAAGAGGAUCUCAGAUAUAUUUAUGGCAGAUAUAUUGAUCGAACUUCAACAACUGAAAGAAAUAUGUUUGAUAUUCGAUUGAUGAAAGAAGGUAGAAUGAAAGGUCAAGCUUUCAUAACUUUAGCAACAGAGGAACAGGCAAUUCAAGCAUUAAAGGAUACAAAUGGUUAUGUUUUAAGUGGAAAACCUCUUGUUGUGCAAUUUGCUCGAUCUGCAAAGCCAAAAGAUCAGAAAACAUCUGUAGAAACAGAAUGAAAUUUCAUCAAGAUGUUUCAGAAAUAUAUAAAUGUACUGUAUGUAUAUAAUAUUACUCUUCUCUCUAUAAAUAAAUAUUUUUAUCUAUCAUUGUAUAAAAUCUUU